AUGGGGUACACAAUUCUAGGCCGCCGGCGCGCGCGGCUCUUUUUUUCUUCGAGCGCGGCCCGUCGCGCUGCUCCGUGCUGCGCUCGACCCCCCCGCGCCUUCGUCGCCGCGGUCGGGCCUUCAGCAACAGCCGCGGCAGAGACUGCAGUCGCGGCCGUCGCAACUGCUGCAGCAGCCGCCGCCGCCUCUCCUGCCGCGGCCGCCGCUGCAUCUACAGCAGCUGCAGCCGCCACAUCUACUGCAACAGCCGCCGCUGCAGCUACAGCAGCAGCAGCCGCCGCUGCAUCCACAGCAGCAGCAGCCGCCGCUGCAUCUCCAGCAGCAGCAGCCGCCGCGCCUUCUGCAGCAGCCGCCGCUGCAUCUACAGCGGCAGCAGCUGCCGCAUCAUCUACAGCAGCGGCCGCCGCCGCAUCUACGGCAGCAGCAGCCGCCGCAAUCUACAGCAGCGGCCGCCGCAGCUACAGCAGAAUCAGCCGCCGCUGCCUCUGCAGCAGCAGCCGCCGCCGACCCAGCAGCAGCAGCCGUAGCCGAACCUGCAGCAUCUGCUGCCGCUGUCUCGACUGCCCCGGCCUUGCCUUGCCCUGCUGCUACUGUCACUGCCACCUCACUGCCAAGGAAGACAUUUCACUGUACGACCACGCCCUAGGCCAUGCUACUGCCCCUGACUCCUCUGCUGCUAGCACACUGCGCUCCCAGUGGCAGACCCGCGACGCACACGCUCGCUUUGCUAUCCGCAACUCCCUGCCGCUAGAUGAGCGCGAGCACUUCGGCCAGUGCAAGACUGCUAAGGAACUGUACACAGCCGUAGUUGCUCGCUACUCCUCGCCUGCGUCUGCCACCCUAGGCCGCCUCUCCCUGCCCUACCUGUUCCCCGACCUGGCCUCCUUUCACACUGUCGCUGAUCUCAUCACCCACCUCAAGACUAGUGAGGCCCGUUUUCGCGCUGCCAUGCCUGCCGAGUUCCUUGCUAGCAACCCCCCCCCGCUCUGGCUCACCCUCUACCACAUUGUCACCCGCCUCCCUGACUCUCUGCGUGCAGUGCCUCUCGUGGCGAGCCCCGCACCCCCUUCUUCGAGGGGUGUUCCCCUUCCCCCCUUCUCCCCUCUGUCGCCACUGCUGCUGCUGUCGACCUCCUUGGUGCUGAGAAGGUCGGGGCUGCGUCUGCUUCGAGCGGGCGCCGCAAGAGCAGGGGGGGCAAGGGUGGGGGUGGAGGCGGGGGAGGCGGGGGUGGAGACAGUGGAGGUGGCGGUGGGUCUGGAGAGGCUAGUGGCGGCAGUGGGGGUGGUGACAGCGGCGGCGGGGGUGGUGGCAGAGGCGGAGGUGGCAGCGGCGGCGGUGGCGGUCGUGGCCGUGGCAGGGGUGGAGGUGGCCGAGGCGGUGGCGGUGGCGGUGGCGGUGGUGGCCGUGGAGACGCUGGAGGUGGCCAGAGUCAGCAGCACGCCCCGACCCUCCAGGCCGCCCCCAUGUGGGAGGUCGCACCCCACGCAGCGCUGCUUCCAGCGCCUGACUGACGCGUGGCGCAUCCAGUUUCCUGGGUCUACUGAGCUCCCCCGCUGGCCUGAGCUGGAAAAGAAGGGUGUUGAUAUCUGGGCUUUAGACUUUGAUGCUAUUCUCACUGCUAUGUAUGCGAUGUCUAUUAGUGGAGAGGGUGCCCAGUACUUGCGUGUUCCGCCCGACCCGGGCAUUCAGGCCAGCCCAGCUGCUGCUCUAGGUGCUAGUGUGUCUGCUCCCACAGGUCCUGCUGCAGCAGCUGCCCUAGGUGCUAGUGCGUCUGUGCCCCCUGGUACUGAGUCGACUGCAGCACUCCACACCUUCACACUGGACUCAGGUGCUUCUCGCUCUUUCUUUCGUGACCGCACUGUCCUUGAGCCACUAGCUCGGCCGGUUGCUGUCUCUCUUGCUGACCCCUCUGGGGGUCCGGUCAUUGCGACCUCCUCCACUACACUUCCGUGUCCAGCGGUUCCGUCCGGCACGCUCUCAGGUCUCUACCUCCCCUCGUUCUCUACGAACUUGGUGGCAGGUUGUGCGCUGCAGGACGGGGGUGUUCACCAGUUCACCCCUGCCUACGAGCGUGUGACACACUGCACGUGUGCUCGGACGGGCCGCCACCUGGCUACUUUCACUCGAGAGCCGGGGUCGGACCUGUACACACUGACCACUGAGUCCCCUCAGGUAGCUGCGUCUGCGUCUGCGUCAGGUCAGCUAUCCGCCCCCUGCUCGUGUCGCUCUCUGGCGCAUGAGACUGUCCUCUGGCACCACCGCCUUGGUCACCCGUCUGUGCAGCGCCUUCGGGCCAUGCACAAACGGGACCUUGUUGCUGGUCUUCCCAGGGUGCUCCCUCCCCUUCCCGACUCCCCUGCUCCUGACUGCAUUCCCUGUGUCGAGGGGCGGCAGCGCGCCGCUCCUCACUCCUCCUCCUUUCCCCCGACGACUGCUCCCUUGCAGACGCUCCACAUGGACGUGUGGGGCCCAGCCCGCGUCCGUGGUCAGGGUCAGGAGAGGUACUUCCUGAUAGUUGUUGACGACUACUCGCGCUACACCACAGUCUUCCCCUUGCGCGCCAAGGGUGACGUCCCUGGUGUUUUGAUCCCCUGGAUCAGUCGAGCCCGUCUCCAGCUAGGCAAGCGCUUUCACUCGGACUUUCCUGUCCUGCGCUUGCACUCUGACAGAGGUGGUGAGUUCGCCUCCGACCUCUUGGCAGCCUACUGUGCUGAGCACGGUAUUGAGCAGUCGUUCACGCUUCCGGCCUCUCCGCAGCAGAAUGGGGUCGCUGAGCGCCGCAUUGGCCUAGUCAUGGAGGUCGCUCGUACCUCCCUGACCCAUGCGGCUGCUCCCCACUUUCUGUGGCCGUUUGCGGUCCGAUACGCUGCGCAUCAGCUCAACCUCUGGCCCCGUGUCUCCUUGCCGGAGACUUCCCCGACUCUGCGGUGGACGGGAGAGGUUGGCGAUGCGUCGCGUUUCCGGAUCUGGGGAUCUCGAGCUUUUGUCCGCGACACGUCCGCGGACAAGCUCUCGCGUCGCGCCGUUCCCUGUGUCUUUCUUGGCUUUGUGCCUGACGCGCCUGGAUGGCAGUUUUACCACGUCACCUCGCGCCGGGUUCUGGCCUCUCAGGACGUCACUUUUGACGAGUCCGUCCCCUUCUACCGCCUCUUCCCCUACCGCACUGCCCCGCUCCCCCCCCCGCCUCUCUUCCUCGCUCCAGGUGCUGAGGUACCAGACCCCCUCCCCCCUCAGGGUGCCGCUCCCUCAGGUGUGUCCCAGGUAGACCCGGGUGAGCCUGUCGAGGUAGCUGUUGACUCGCGUCCUGCGUCUGGGGGUGCUGAGCCUGGGGGUGCUGAGUCUGGGGGUGCUGAGUCUGGGGGUGCAGAGCCUGGACGUGCGGAGCCUGGGGGUGCUGAGCCUGGAGGUGCGGAGCCUGGAGGUGCGGAGCCUGGUGGUGCUGAGUCUGGGGCUGCUGAGUCUGGGGGUGCUGAGUCUUCGGGUGCUGAGCCUGAGCGUACUACACCUGGAGGAGCCCUCUCCUCCCAGCAGCUGCAGGAGAGGUACCUCGAGUACUGCCGCCUCCGGAGAGGUGCUUCUGGAGCUCGUCCCAGUACUUCCCCUCCUACCCAGGAGCUCCCCCCCAUUCAGGUGAUCCGAGAGUGGUACACACGGCGCUGCAGUCUUCGGAGUGGUGCUCCUGGUGCAGCGGACCCGAGCGGUGGCGCUGUUGCUGGUGCUGAGGACCCGGACGCUGGAGCUGCUGCUGGUGCUGAGGACCCGGGCGUUGGAGCUGCUGUUGGUGCUGAGGACCCGACCGGCGGCGCUACUGCUGGUGCUGAGGACCUGACCGGUGGCUCUGCUGCUGGUACUGAGGACCCGGGCGUUGGAGCUGCUGCUGGUGCUGAGGACCCGGGCGUUGGAGCUGCUGCUGGUGCUGAGGACUCGGGCGUUGGAGCUGCUGCUGGUGUUGAGGACCCGGGUGUUGGAGCUGCUGCUGGUGCUGAGGACUCGGGCGUUGGGGCUGCCGCUGGUGUCCCUGCUGGUUCUGGAGACGCUGUGCGGCCGCGACCGUACUUCGUACCACUCCUUCAGCAGGUUCUUGGUCAGGCUCCUCCUCCUAGUCCUCCUCCCACCGUCGAGUGUCCUCUGCCUGUCCCACCGCAGUCACAGUUACCGCCUGCCUCGCCUCUCCCUGCUCCCUCUCCUUACACUGGUCCCACAGGAGGUCUUACAGAGCGUCGUGAGCCUGAGUCUCGUCCUGCGUCGCCUGUUCGUACUACUCGCACUGGUCGUCGUAUCCCACGUGAGCGUCCCCCUCCUGUCCCUGGCACUCACUACAUGACCUUGCGUCCCUCCACUGCUCCGCAGCGUGUCCCGCUGCCGUCUCCUCCUGCGUCAUCUCUUCCUACUCUUCCUGACCCGGAGUCUGACUCCCGUCGUGCGGCCAGUCCCACUGUUACGCGUCUCCUCGCUACAGUUGUCACUGACCCGACCUUUGAGUCCUCUGCUGCGUCUGCUCUGGUCGCUGAGCUGGUUGACUUUGCUGCUCGCUGUCGCUUAGACUACGCUGCCAGCCUUGUCGCUGAGUCUGAGUCUGAGUCUGCCUGUCCUCCGUCCGUCGGGGGUGAGUGUGCUCUUGGCACGGACGUCCUUGAGGACAGACAGGAGGAGUUCCAGUGCUUUGCUGCUGCUUUGCCCCAUCUCGUGUCCAUGCUUGUUGCCCCUGAGGGAGACCCGGAUGCACCAGACAUCCCGACCCCGCGCUCUUACGCUGAGGCGAUGGCGGGUCCCUACUCCUCUCAGUGGCAGACAGCCAUGGACGCAGAGAUGGCUUCCUGGAAGUCCACAGGCACCUACGUCGACGACGUUCCCCCUCCUGGGGCGAACAUCGUCAGUGGCAUGUGGAUUUUCAGGGUGAAGCGGCCGCCGGGUUCUCCUCCUGUCUUCAAGGCACGCUACGUGGCUCGAGGCUUCAGUCAGCGAGAGGGAGUCGACUUCUUCCAGACCUUCUCCCCCACCCCGAAGAUGACCACUCUUCGGGGCAGCCUGCACGAGGAGAUCUGGUUGCGCCGCCCUCCUGGUUUCACUGGGUCGGUUCCUCCUGGCACCCAGUGGAGGCUUCAGCGGCCGGUCUACGGUCUCCGCCAGGCGCCACGUGAGUGGCACGACACACUGAGGACGACGCUUGCGGCUCUUGGGUUCGCUCCCUCUACUGCUGACCCGUCACUGUUUCUACGCACCGACACCUCGCUGCCGCCGUUCUACAUCCUCGUGUACGUUGACGACUUGGUCUUUGCCACAGCUGACACAGCGGCACUCGCCCACGUGAAGUCGGAGCUGCAGAGGAGACACACGUGCACAGACCUGGGUGAGCUGACAAGCUAUCUUGGCUUGCGGAUCACCCGGGACAGAGCACGGCGCACCAUCACCUUGACUCAGUCACACAUGGUGCAGCAGGUUCUCCAGCGCUUCCGCUUCACGUACUCCUCGCCUCAGUCCACUCCUCUGCCUACCGGUCACUCGCUCUCAGCUCUGCCUUCGGAUGAGUCCGUAGAGCCGAGUGGCCCGUAUCCAGAGCUUGUGGGCUGCCUCAUGUACCUGAUGACCUGCACUCGACCUGACCUUGCAUACCCCCUUAGCAUCUUAGCACGCUAUGUCGCUCCUGGCCGUCACAGGAAGGAGCACAUGGAUGCUGCUAAGAGGGUGUUGCGCUACUUGUGCAGUACGUCGGGCAUGGGGCUUGUGCUUGGAGGGCGGGACCGGGUUGUUCUCACAGGGCACUCAGAUGCUUCUUGGGCAGACGACCAGGCUACUCAGCGGUCGUCACAGGGUUACACCUUCAGCCUUGGCUCUGGCUCAGUUUCUUGGCGUUCUACUCGUUCGUCUUCUGUUCUCAGCUCCAGUUGUGAGGCUGAGAUCUACGCCACAGCCAUGGCUGCUCAGGAGCUGCGCUGGCUGACCUACCUGCUGACCGACCUCGGAGAGCGGCCUCGUUCUCCUCCAGUGCUGUACGUCGACAACAAGGCUGCCAUUGCCUUGUGUGAGGAGCACAGACUGGAGCACAGAACGAAGCACAUUGCUCUGCGGUACUUCCUUGCUCGAGAGCUGCAGCAGCGCGGUCAGCUUCGUCUGCGUUACGUGGCCACUGAGGCCAACACUGCUGAUGUGUUCACCAAGGCACUCCAGCCUUGUGACCAUCAGCGCUUCUGUACUCUGUUAGGUCUUGUGCCUACUGGCCCUCACUUGCUCACUUCUUGA